UAAAUGCCAGCGAGGCUGUCAGGUUUCUGCAUUCUUCCCCAGGCACAGGACCUCUCUGCAGCAUCUAAGAGCAGACCUUGCCCUAGCACUAACAGCACCUCACCGGCUGGAAGGCUCUGGUUUGCUCAGGGGAGAGGAGGAGGUUGAGUGCACAGCUAUCACUGUAACGGACUCUAUAAGGCCAUUUUCCUUGUUUCAACUUUAGACCUACCGGGUUGCCAUCAGAGCAAAGAUGAAUAAAAAUUCUUCCAACAUAAUGGCUUUGGCUCCCAAAACAUCUAACAAAAGAGAGACAGUGUGUAUAUUUGGAACAGGAGACUUUGGAAGAGCUCUGGGCCAUAAACUGAUUCAGUCUGGCUACCCCGUCGUAUUUGGAAGCCGGAGCCCAUGGCCAUCCAGCCUGAUUCCCAAGGAUGCAGAGGUGCUGAGCCAUGCUGAGGCAGCACAGAAAGCUGCCAUCAUUAUUAUAGCAAUCCAGAGGCAACAUUACGACUUCCUUGCAUCACUAGAGGAAACGCUCCGUGGAAAAGUGUUGGUGGACAUAAGCAACAACUUAAAAAUAAACCAGUAUCCUGAAUCCAAUGCAAAGUACCUGGCUCAGCUGGUGCCCAGCGCUAGGGUUGUGAAAGCCUUUAACACCGUGUCAGCCUGGGCUCUGCAGUCGGGCACCUUGGAUGCAAGCCGGCAGGUGUUUGUCUGUGGAGAUGACACAGAAGCUAAACAAAUGGUAAUGGAUAUUGUUCGUGCACUGGGACUCACACCGUUAGAUCAAGGAUCUCUCUUGGCUGCUCGGGAAAUAGAAAAUUACCCUCUACAGCUUUUUCCAAUGUGGAAGCUUCCUAUCUUUUUGUCCCUUGGCCUAACCACAUUCUUCUUCAUCUACUGUUUGGUUCGUGAUGUAAUUUACCCUUGUGUUUAUGAAAAUAGGGAUUAUUCAUUUUAUCUUGCAAUUUCCAUUCCAAAUCGGAUCUGCCCUAUAAUGGCACUCGUCCUUCUUGCCUUGGUUUAUCUCCCUGGUGUACUUGCUGCAAUUAUUCAGUUAUACAGAGGUACCAAAUACAGCCGUUUUCCAGACUGGCUGGACAAAUGGAUGCUGUGUAGGAAACAGCUUGGACUAGUAGCCUUGGCGUUUGCUUCUCUGCACGUUGUUUAUACUCUCGUUACCCCAAUUCGCUACUAUGUAAGAUGGACAACUGGGGACAGAACCAUCUCACAGGCACUGAACAAUAGUACUACUCCAUUUGACAACACAAAUGGCUGGCUUAGUGACUCGUAUUUGGCUUUGGGGAUUUUAGGAUUCUUUUUAUUUGUUCUUCUUGGAAUAACUUCCUUGCCUUCUGUCAGCAACAGUGUCAACUGGAGAGAAUUUCGAUUUGUACAGUCCAAACUGGGAUAUCUGACAUUGAUUUUAUGCACCGCACACACACUGGUCUGUGGUGGAAAGUGGUUCCUAAAUCCAUCAGCAUACAGAUGGUAUCUUCCAGAAGCCUAUAUGCUCUCUCUCAUUAUUCCAUGCGUUGUACUGGUUGUCAAAUUUGUGCUCAUACUUCCUUGUCUAGACAAGCAAUUAACACGAAUUCGACAGGGCUGGGAGAGGAAUCCCCAGUACUCAGAACAGUCAAACUACAUUAUCAACAAGUCUGCUGUGUAAUUAGACUAACCUGUAUUGUUAAAAAGAAACAAAAAAUUGAAGGCAAAAUGAAGUCCCUAUCCUCCUUUACCUGGAGAGAGAAAAAGUGAGAAGCCUGGGCAGGCUCUGACUGAAAUAAAGCAAUUUCAGUGACAAAAUUUAAAUCAAACGAGCCUCCUGAGAUCCUGCACACCAGACAUGCUUUCACACAGACCUUUUCCUUUUUCUCCCGCUAUUCACCCUCCAUUCCUGACAGGACUAUGAGAGAAGUGUUCAUGGUAUCAGUCACUCAAAAUCUCUAGUGAUGGCCAACCUCUCCUAUUAGAUGGUGUCUGCUCCUCUUCACUGUCCUGCCCAGUGGGGCUCAGAUCUGGACAGGCAUUAGCUGAGGGAAAGCUCUCAUCUUUCCAACACUAGUUUGUCCUCCAUUAACAUCUGGUCAAAGAGGUCUAUAUUCAUGCCUUAGAAAUAGUUAAAUAAGAUUUCCUUGGUUUGUGUACAAGCACUCUAAUGUUCAAAGUGUAUCCGCUGAGGAUUGCUGAACCCUUGCUAUACUGCAGAAACUCGGAUGGCAAGGGGAUGGAGGAGAGACCAAACUGUCAAAAAGACACGAGAUGUACUUGCAGAGAAGCUUAGGCUGGUGAGCACAUGCACACAGUGGUUGGUGAAUUUUUGUGUAAUCAGUGAGCUGUAAGCAAAGGAGCUGAUGGAAAAACAUCAUUUUAUUAGGAGUUUAUACUGCAUGUCAUAAUUAUAUAUCACAAAAAAUAGAUUGUUGAUUUUUCUGAAAUGCUUUGGAUGCAAUGUUAUAAAUAUUCA